ACCUGAUCCAUCCAAGGUCCCCCACGGCACGAAAACUCAGAAGCUCGUGUGGACAACAGCCAUGGUGGUUGCGUUGUUACAGAACCGAUGCGGUUCGCACGACCAUGCAUUCAAAGGAUCCAAAAGCGCCAAGCAGCUGUCACGUACGUGGGGAAAGAUCGCCCUUGCAAUCAACUUGGACUGCUACCAAUCCGUUACCGGACUGAAGGCAAAGUCAAAGUACCACAAGCUCAAGAUCGAGUAUGCUACCAUCUGCAAGGACUUGGCGAAAACUGGCAACUCAUUGUCAAGCGUGGUAGAGCCUCCCUACUGGUCGGACCUGCAGAGCUGGCUAGCGGCCAAGACUGGUAUGGGAAACGUGGAGUACGCAGCACUCGAUUCGACAGAGGAGAGUGCUCGUAAUCGCACGAUCGACUCCGGCUUCGACUCUGACACCGAACAUGACAACCUGGACAGCAUUGAACAAGACAAUGAAGAAGCAGACGGCGGCAUGAUGUCAUCGACAUCCAAGCGCGCAACCAAUGUGGAUAGACGACAGGGCGAAGUCAACCGCCAACGAGAAAAACGAGCCAAGAAGAUGGACAUGGCAGCAUCUAUUGUUUCGUUGGGUGAGAGCCUUGCAAAGGGUCUUGCAAGUUCAGGUCGAAACGUUGAUCAUUCAGCAUCGAUUGGAGAUGCUCUUAUUCAUCUCAAGGAAAGUGUGGACAAGAAUAUUGAGAUUCAAACUCAACUUAUGGCACUUAUUGAGAGCCGUUUUGUUGCCGAGCAACAAUAGCACAUUAAAUUUUACUAAUAGUAGCAAAUUCUGUGGAAG